GCGCUGCUCGCAGAGCCAGAGUCGCUGACAUUUAACCAAAGCCGCCGCCCCCCUUUCCUCACUCUCCACUGUUUUCCUCCUUUUUGGAUUGAUUGCGGCAGCUGCCAAUGUUUAGUUCGUCUUGGUGAAGUUGGGGCAAACCAGAAGGCAUGCCAUUGGCUCGCAGCGUGUCCGUCACGUCCCUCUCAGGACUUGAAGACUGGGAUGAGGAGUUUGAUUUGGAGGAUGCUGUUCUCUUUGAAAUCGCUUGGGAGGUCGCUAACAAAGUUGGAGGCAUCUAUACCGUCAUCCAGACCAAAGCCCGUCUGACCGCAGAGGAAUGGGGGGAGAACUAUUUCCUUGUGGGUCCCUACGUGGAAAGCAAUGUGCGCACUCAAGUGGAGUUGAUUGAACCCACCAGCCCUGUGCUGAAGAGGGUCAUUGACAAAAUGAACGCCAGUGGGUGUAAGGUCUACUUUGGCCGGUGGCUCAUUGAGGGCAGUCCGUAUGUAAUUCUGAUUGAUGUGGCUUUCACCGCCUGGUCUCUGGACCGCUGGAAGGCUGAGCUGUGGGAGACUUGUGCCAUUGGUGUGCCAUGGUUUGACCGUGAGGCCAACGAUGCAGUCCUGUUUGGCUUCCUGACGGCCUGGCUUCUGGGAGAGUAUGCAGCCCAGAGUGAGGAGCCUCCACACAUCGUGGCCCACUUCCAUGAGUGGUUAGCCGGCCUGGGCCUGAUGUUGUGUAGAGAGAGAAAGCUGCCUGUUGCAACCAUCUUUACCACUCAUGCUACACUUCUGGGACGUUACCUGUGUGCUGGAAAUGUAGAUUUCUACAACAAGCUUGCAGAGUUCAACGUGGAUAAAGAAGCUGGUGAUCGUCAAAUCUACCAUCGCUACUGUCUGGAGCGAGCGGCGUCGCACUGUGCACACGUCUUCACCACGGUGUCACAAAUUACAGCGAUUGAGGCGGAGUUCCUGCUCAAGAGGAAACCAGACUUUGUCACUCCCAACGGGCUUAACGUGAAGAAGUUCUCAGCCAUGCACGAGUUUCAGAACCUCCACGCUCAGAGCAAGAACCGGAUUCAGGAGUUUGUCAGGGGACACUUCUACGGGAACCUUGACUUCAACUUGGACAAGUGUUUGUUCCUCUUCAUAGCGGGAAGGUAUGAAUUCUCCAACAAAGGAGCAGAUAUCUUCCUGGAGGCUUUGGCCAGACUCAACUAUCUACUGAGAGUCAACCACAGCGAUGUGACUGUGAUAGCUUUCUUCAUCAUGCCAGCACGGACAAACAACUUCAAUGUGGAGACUUUGAAGGGCCAAGCAGUCAGGAAGCAGCUCUGGGACACUGCUCACACUGUGAAGGAGCGCUUUGGAAAGAAACUGUACGAAUCUCUUCUAGUUGGGCAGCUGCCAGAUGUCGCAAAGAUGCUAGAUAAAGAUGAUCUCACCAUCAUGAAGCGGGCCAUCUUUGCGACCCAAAGGCAGUGCCAGCCACCAAUUUGCACCCACAACAUGCUGGAGGACAGCAGUGACCCCAUCCUGAACUGUGUCCGCCGCAUCGGCCUUUUCAACAGCUCUGCUGAUCGAGUCAAGAUUAUCUUCCAUCCAGAGUUCCUUUCGUCCACUUCUCCUCUACUUCCCAUGGAUUAUGAGGAGUUUGUAAGAGGUUGCCACCUCGGCGUCUUCCCAUCUUACUAUGAGCCUUGGGGCUACACACCAGCUGAGUGUACUGUCAUGGGGAUCCCAUCCAUCUCAACCAACCUGUCCGGCUUUGGCUGUUUCAUGGAGGAACACAUAGCCGACCCCUCAGCGUAUGGUAUUUACAUCCUUGACCGCCGGUUCCGGGGGAUCGAUGAGUCGUGCAAUCAGCUCACAUCCUUCCUCUUCCAGUUCUGCAAGCAGAGCCGGCGCCAGCGGAUCAUCCAGAGGAACCGAACCGAGCGGCUGAGUGACCUCCUGGACUGGAAAUACCUUGGCAGGUACUAUAUCGCUGCCCGUCAUAUGGCCCUGGCAAAAGCCUUCCCUGAUACCUACGUAUAUGAACCUCAUGAAGAAGCCUCGACUACAGGUUUCCGUUGGCCCCGGCCAGCCUCUGUGCCGCCAUCUCCAGCUCUGUCCCGUCACUCCUCCCCACACCACAGUGACGUUGAAGACGACGAUGAAGACGAGCACUACGAUGAGGAUCUGGAGGCUGAAAAGGACCGAGUGAACAUCCGUCAGCCCUUGUCAUUCAAGGGCAAAGCCGCUCUCUGGGGAACCAAUGGGAGCAGCAAUGGCGUAACAACCGAGAAAAAUUGACACGCACACACACACACACACGUAUAUGCUGAACCUCACUAGUGAAAGCUUAUGUGUUGCGAUCAUUAGUCAUCAAUGUAAGACAGAUUUUACAAAUGAGUGCAGCUGUGUGAAUGUGUGUUAAGAAUUAAGUAUUGGCUUGUUUUGAAAAUUUGCAUCACUGUCAGUGUCUUCCCAACCUGUGCAAACCUCAGAACCUCUAAAUAUAUCAGCCAGUUUAUUAUGUUUUGUUAUUGUUUGACUUCCACCAGCAGUACAACCAGUGGUAUGAUUAAAGUAAAUACAGCAAAGCUGUGUGAGGGGGUGGGGAGGGGUGCAGGACAUAAGUAUUGCUGGAUUUUGUAGUGAACCAACACUGGAUAAUAUAGGUCUAAAGUGCUGAUAAUAUAACACGGUUUUCAUAAGUCUCUACAGGUGGUUAUUAUACUUGAUUCAAAGGUGGGUCAGAGCAGGGAAAACAACAUAACCUUCCUUUUUUACCAGCUUGUAAUCUUUAUACAUUCAAGGCAAGAUUAUUUUCUGUGAAAAGGCCAGUGGAAAGACAUGAGACGUGUUGUCCUACUAUCCCGAUAAUGACACAGUACUAUAAACCCAACGAUUCACCCUCUUGUAGCAACCUUUAAAAAAAUGCUUGUUUGUGACACAAGUUAUUUCAAAUGGAAAUAAAAUGCAUAGUGCACAUAAACAAGAAGUAGCAUCAGAGUUGAGGGCCGGAAAAGUUAUCUGUUUUUAAAGUGUCGUUUUUUAAAUUCAUUUUGUUUCCGUGCCUUAAUUUGUCCAUUUCUUCAGUGAUUAUUCAUCAGCAACCUUAUACACUUGUUUAUCCAUGGAUGUGUUUGAUUGUGUGGAGGUGAUAAAUGUUGAUAUUCCCUUAAAGUGGGAAUUAUCUGUGAAAAGAAAAGAAUGAGAGACGAAGGAAAAACAGGACUGUGCUCCAAAGAGUUUGCUAUAUAUUUUUGUUGAGUAAAAGGCAAGAUGAAGGUCUUGAAAGGGAUUUAAGGUACAUUUAGAUCAUUUGUAUUUGUAUUGGAAGAACAGAAAUGGUUUUAACAGGCAUAUUUUCUCAUCAUCACUCCCCUGUAUGAGUUGUUUGUUACAAUGCACCAGAUGAACUUAAUAAAAUAAAAGAAUAUAUAUACAUAUAGUAUAUGUAUGUAUAUAUAUAUACCUGUUAGCAUUUUACAAA